UUAAUUAGCUUUGCUGGGGGUUAUUUCUGUUUUCAAAAUUUCUUUGUUCUAUGGGAUGAGUCUCUGGGCAAGGGGAGGGGGCUGGAUAAAGGGGGAAAGGUGAUUUUAGGGGCCCUUCUUCACUAGAAAGGCUGGGGGGUGAAAGGGGGAAUGUUGGCUUCUUCCCAAAGGCAGGAUAUUUUCCACCCUGCCUCUAGAACUAGAACUGGUUAGCAGAGGAAGUGAGAGGGAUUGGCAUCUAUGGGCAUGGGGUGAGGGAGGGAACUUGGGGCACUGAGCAGGGAAGGCUGGGAACAGGGGAGGGGGGGGAGAGCAGCCCUGCCUUUAGAAGCAUCACAAUGAGCUGAGACUGCCUCUAGCUCUGAGCUCCAAGUGGCCCCAGCUGUGCUUGAGUGAGGAGGAGAAGAUGCUUGGGAUGAGGGGAGAGAAAUACUCAACGCGGAGGCAACGUGGACCUCUGUGGCCUGCAAAUGACUGAUCCUCUUAUGCCUAGCCUGGAGUCUGAGUCCGGACCCCUCCAAGCCACUGGCUCCAAAUGGACUGAGGGGUCAGGAGAGAAGGUUGAAGGCUAGCAAGCUCAAAAUACUGCAGGACUCCUUUCAGGGAGAGGGCAGAAACUAAGGCCCCAAGAGGAUAAAAGACUCCAGACUGCCCAUUCUCCUCAGUAACAGGGCAUGCCCCAGGGGGAGCUAGUAGGUCAAAACCACAAGAGCUGAGGGGGCUCAAGACCACCCAAAUUGUCUUCCUGCCUUCUGAAGACUGCAUCAGGCCCAAGAGGAUGUCUGAAACCGAGCUGGAGGCCGAAGUGGAGGAUGGGGUGUCUGACACUUCGCCCAUGCUGCCUGGGCCCCACUCCCUCCGUCUGAAAGUCCCCCAUCUUCGCCCAGAACCCCUGGGUCCUGCCGGGCGCUGCCUCUGGGCGCUGAUGCUGGCCACUGCCAACCUGACACUCCUCCUUCUCCAUCUGCUGCUGCCUCUUGCAGUCUUCUCUGUGGCCCUGCUGCCAUCAGCUGCUGUGGUCUACGUGGGCUUCCACUGUCACUCCAGGGUGCUGCGCUCGGACUCGCGGCCCUGCCGGGCCCUGCUGGAUGACCGCAGCUCUUCGGCGCUCAUCGUCCUGGGCUUCCUGACGCUGCCCCCGCUGCUGGUGCUGGCCUCGGCCGCUUACGGCCGCCUGAUCGGCCGCCUGUGCCCGCUGCUGCCACUGCCGCCCCCACCCUGGGCCGCGGCCUGCACCCGGAGCUCCUCACCUAAGCCCCCUGGAAGCUGCCUGGACCCCCAGGGCAGGGGGGAGGGCGACCGGCAAGCUCUGGAGUGGGUGUGAGUGGGGUCGUGAUCGAAGAGCCGUGGGAGGAAGUCCCAGAGCCCUCCCUGGCCAGGUUUCUGAAUGCCCACACUGCGGGUGCCCUGGGCACAGGUACUGACUAUGGGAUCGGAAAGCCACCUCUCAUUUUCCACUCCCAGAGACCCCCUCUUCCCCUCCCAGCUCAAACCCUAUGCCCUGUUAGCCAGAACUCCUGCACCUCUCUGUUGGGGUAGGUGGAAUCUAGAACCAAUCUUCUUUGGAAGGGAAGAUGAGUUCAUAAUCCAGGCCUUCUCUUCACCAAAAGACCCUGGGGCAAACCUUCAGUCUCAACCCAAAUGUUGUCUGCAGAAAACCCUAGUUUUCUACCACCUCUCCUCAGGGGACCCAAAGCCCCCAUCUCCCAGAAAAAUGCCACACUCUUGGGACUCAGGAGGUCCAACAGCCCUGCUUAGAGGGCUCAAUUACUGAUGAUCUUGCUCCCAGCUCCCCCAUCACCUCAUUCCCCACAACCCCAAAGCCACCUCUGCCCCCUUGGGUUUCCCGGACCAUGGCUGCUUGAGCAGACACUAGGCCCAAAGUUUCUCCAUCCCUGCCCACUCAGCCCCAGAUUCAGCCCCUCCAGCCUAGCUGUCCACUUCUCCCCCCGAGUUCCUGAUCCCCGGCAUUCGGUCAGGAGGCAUGCUUGAGACAUGGGUCCCGUGCCAUGCCAGACCUGGCCUGGAAACGCUGAUGAAGCCUCUUUGUCUUUCAGGAACCCUUCCUGCAGCAGCACCCACCCCAGCCUAUUGUCUAUUCUGAGAGCCAAUGAAAUAGAGGAAACAGGACUUAGGGAGUCAUCCUCCCUUGCCUGACUCCAAAGUCUCCAUCCCAUCCCAUGGCCCCAUCCUCAAAUACAGAAGGAAGGAUUCUGAUGAGACUUAGCUGAUUCCCCUUCUUCCAACCCCCAGCUCAGACUCUAGUGCUCACUCCUUCCUCAAAUAGCAUUUUAUGCAUCUUUGGACAGUAAAAUGGAAGCUUCCCCAAGGCCGGGACUUGAUUACUUCUUAUCCUAGUAUUUCUAUCUCCUAAAAUUACAUGAGACAGCAGUGAUAUCUACAAACCACUUAGCACAAUGCCUCCUUCCUAGUAAAUAGGGGGAAAGGGAAAAGACAAAAAGCAUUUAUCUAAUGUCUGCUAUGUACCACAUACUCUGGGGUGUCUGUGUAUUCCAGGAGGACCAGCUCCUCCCAUGUGAGGGAUGGCAGGCAAGGCUGCUCAUCCAUCUUUGGGGUCCCUGUCAUUCCCCCAGUUCUCUCCCAUAGCUCCAAGAAGCUGUCGCAUGCACAGUUGCCAUACCCUGAUAAGCUCUCUUGGCCCAUGGACUAAACCAAAUUGAGAGUAACCCAUUGGUUACAAAACCAUCAGUGAGUUAAGGGGAUGUCUAUCCCAAGCUUGUGAAGAUUUCCCUUGUCAGAUUGGUUGGAUGAGAACAAUUUGUUCCAAAAGCAGAUGAGGCAGGCUCCGUGGAGAACUUUGAGCUUGAUCAGACAGAGAAGGCGAGGUCUUCCAUCAAAGGCUGGGCCAUUGGCAGACAUCUUGACUUUUGUCUUGCUGCUGAAUUUCUUUCUUUUCUUUUUUUAACUGAAGUUUUUAUUUUCAAAACAUAUGCAAGGAUAAUUUUUUCAACAUUGACCCUUGGAAAAACCUUGUGUUCCAAUUCUUCUUCCUUCCCCCCACCUCCUUUCUUAUAUUUGCCACUGAAUUUCAAUGAUUCUGGAAGAGAGAAUGAGGCUGAUGACUUUGUAGGACUUUGUAGGAAUCCAACUCACACCAAAGUCAAGAUGUCACCCUUGAUAUCACGGAUCCUUGUCAAAAACGAAGGACAAACAACAGAUAUCUCAUUUAAUUCUCACAAUAGUCUGAGGUAGAUACUGUUGUUAUGCUCAUUGGACAGUUGAGGAACAGGCCAAUAAUGGUUAAGUGACUCCUCUUGUGCUUAUUAAAUGCUUGUUGGGUUCAAA